CCCUGCUAUUCCAGGGUACGCAUUGGAAUAAUUUUACUUUCGUUUUGUUCGAAUUUUAUUAUUGACUGUUAACUAAGAAUAGCCAUGCAAAUUGCGAAACUUUUCAUGUCUAUUGAUAACACAACAUUCAAGAUCAAUAAGCAUAGCAAUUGUGUCGUCUAUUGAUAUUAUAUAGACCAGUUGCAGUUUAUGCACAAUUCAUAUAUGAUAUAUAUAAAUGUGUGCACUGAGAUGGAACAUUACAAUUCAUGAUUUGGAAGUAGGAAUAAGGACCGACCGAAUAUGUAUUGAAGAUUGUGCAUCGCUUUUGAAAUGACAGAACAGGGAGCUAACAAGCCUGAUGAGACUAUCGAUUUCAGCUCGAUUAAACCAAUUACAUUACCUAUUGAUAAAGAAUACCACAUAUUUAUAGCGUAUAAGACUGGAGAUCCAGACAGUGGAGUCGCGUUGCAGAUAGUCGAACUGUUAGAGAGUAAAGGGUACAAAUGUUGUCUCCACGAAGGAGAUUUCCUAGCUGGAAAUUCUUUACUGAGGACUAUUGCCCAAACUAUUAAACUUUCUAUUAAGGUUGUAUUCUUGUUGUCAGAAAGCUCUUCUGCAUGUGAAAUGUGGAAAUAUCAACUGGAUGUGGCAGAAACAUUUCAUAUUGAAACAAAAGGAUAUAAGCCAAUCAUCAUCAAGCUUGAUCAAUGCUACUUAUCCGAUACGUUGACAAAAUAUUCAUACCUUUCAGCAGAUAAACCUAUAGAAGAAUGGAUUGGGAGACUAGCAAAAGCAAUUAAUGAUGAAACUGAUUACCUUAUUAGCAGCCGAAGGAACAUUAAGUUCGUUGCAGUUCCAUGCAUCGAUUACAAUCGUGAUAAAGACCACAGAAUUGACACAUGUCGAUACCCACACAUAUGUGCACAGUACAUAAUCAAUGAUGACAUAUGUGAUGGGAGUUGUGACAAAAAUCACAACUUGAUUGACGAUCAGUCAAGGGAAAUUCUCGUUGACCUUGGAUUCAUUACUGAAGGCAAUUAUGAUUCUAUUCUUGAAACAUACAGGCAGAAAUGUAAAGACAAGAUGGCGGGUAUGGCGAACGCUGUUGUAACUGGUUAUUGCUGUUAUUAUAAUUACAAGGGAUGUUUGCUUGGUGAUUUUCACUGUCCAUUUACACACAUAUGUAAAGACUGGUUUCUUGGUACAUGUUUGAAGCGGAAAUGUACACGGUCUCAUGAUAUUUUGAACAAUCACACGCAACGUUUGCUUGAAAUUUUUGACAUUGAUACUACACAAGACCCGGAUGUCGUUUUAAACACAUAUCGUGCCAAGUAUCCUCAAAAAACGUUUAUACCGAUUUCCACGUCUAUAUUUACAAACAGGGUUUUGACGGAAAACUGGCUGUCUGUGAUUGUAUGUGUUCUUAUAUCUGCUGGACUCAUUGCAAUUGUCGUUAAGAAAAGGUAAAAUGUUUGUCCUCUACGAAAUUGGCUUUCAA